AAUCGUUGUGUUGAAUCAGUAGAAGAAGAAAGCAGCCGCUUGCUUAUGUUUUGCUUCCGUGUGUCCCAUUUUGCUUUUAUCAACUAUGCGAUUUCCUCGUUUCGUUUCAGCGGUUUUUGUUUAUGAGACUUGUUGUUAUUGGGUUGUAUUUGAAGAGAGGUGUUUGCAGCUUCAGUCCUCUCAGGCUGACAGCUGUUAGCCACUUUUAAUUAGCUUAGCUAGCUGAGCUGCUAAUCGUAGGAGCUGUGUUGAUUUUUUCCCCCCUGUACCCCUCUUUUUUUUUCUCGUAGUAGCUGACUAGUUCUCCAGCACCUUCUGGCUGAGAAACAUCAUUUUGGCAUUUUGGAUCAUUUUGGCUAUCUUAGCUUAGUUUGGAGCGCUAACACCGCCCCCUUGGAUGUUACGUGUGUCAGGAAGCAAUAUUCCAGUUCCAUGUCUGCUGAGGCUUCAGCCGGCAGUAGUGCUGCCGAUUCUGUCCACUGUGCUGUUUCUCAGGCUGCGUGCCAGGACUCUGAUGAGCACAAAAAUCGGGGUUUGCUGGGGAGCAAGUAUGUGAAGUUAAAUGUGGGAGGCUCGCUGCAUUACACAACUGUCCAGACAUUAAGCAAGGAAGAUAGUUUAUUAGGAAGCAUGUGCAAUGGAGAAACAGAAGUUACCAUAGACUCAGAAGGCUGGGUAGUUUUGGAUAGGUGCGGUCGACACUUUAGCCUGGUUUUGAAUUUUCUACGUGAUGGCUCAGUACCACUUCCAGAUGACCACAGGGAACUGGAUGAGAUUCUGAAGGAAGCCCAGUACUAUCGAGUCCAGGGACUUGUCCAACACUGUCUUAGUGCCAUGCAGAAGCAAAAGGAUAUCUUUGAAAGUGUGUGUCGUAUUCCUAUGAUCACCUCAUCCAGUGAAGAACAGAGGAUGAUCGCUACAUGUAGAAAGCCAGUAGUAAAAUUGCAGAACAACAGAGGCAACAACAAGUAUUCUUACACCAGCAACUCUGACGAUAAUCUGCUGAAGAACAUCGAAUUGUUUGACAAACUUGUGCUACGCUUCAAUGGCCGCGUCCUCUUUGUCAAAGAUGUGCUGGGAGAUGAGAUCUGCUGUUGGUCUUUCUACGGGGAAGGCCGCAAGAUUGCAGAAGUAUGCUGCACGUCCAUUGUCUACGCCACAGAGAAGAAGCAGACCAAAGUUGAGUUUCCUGAGGCUCGAAUCUUUGAAGAAACUCUCAAUAUCCUCAUUUAUGAAAACAGCAGAGGAACAGGUCCAGGUGGACUACACCUUCUGGAUUCAAGAGGCUCAGGUUCAUCACUGGGAGCCAGCCAGUCAGAGGAAGAGGGCAGCAUGGGAGGCGACAGGCGAGUAAGACGGAUCCAUGUAAGGAGACACAUCAUGCACGAUGAAAGAGCACAUGGUCAGCAAACUGUGUACAAAGACUAAUAAUGUGAAGCGUGGGUGAACGUCUUGAGGUAUGUUAUUUUUUUUCUUUGUGUUGCUUGAGAGCAUCUUGAAAAACGUCCUUGAUCAUAGCAAUAGUGUGGUAAGAGCAGUUUCGUUAAAUGUUGUUUUGGAUGCCGAUUUUUGUUACUGAAGACGGACUCUGUUGUUAAGAGAAAAUGCCUCUGUUUACAAUUUUCCACACAAUUUUGUAAAUGCUUGGGUGAAUAGUUAAAAUCCUCUGAGACAUGAAACUGUCACCAUGCUUUGCAGAGAGCCUCCCUCACAGUUAGUGAAUGAGCCUGAAAGCUCAGGCAGUCUUUUUAACUGAGAGCAGGCAGCCUGUUCUUAAUGUGUUAAUGUGCACUGGCAGCCUUCUUUCUGUUUGUCUUGAAACUAAUACUUAAUCUGUUUAUUCAGGUGAUGAAUCAUCUGUUGCCUUUUAAUAACUUGGACUGAGAUGCUCAAUGACUAAAACAGAGGAAGGUUUCCAACUUGAGCUCACGUUUAUUAACACUGGAAUUAAAGAGUAGACGUGUCAGGUUUUCUUUUGCCAAGCAGCUUAUUUGUAAUUAAUUAAAUUAUUAUUGCUGUUGCAUCAGAAAGAUUAAUAAUUUAAGAAUCUAAUUUAUUGUUUGUAUUUAACUUUUUGUAUUGUGUACUGUCUUUGUGUUAACUACUGCUCAAGUUAAUUUUAGGUUUCGAAAUGUGAACGACGUCCUCUGUACCGUACAUCUUGAGAUUACUUGCAUGAAUGUUAAAUUGGACGGUAUUGUUUCAAGACAAACCCCAAUGUGUGUACCAAACAUUUUGUUUUUAAUCCUGAGCCAUGAACUUUAACUGCUUUUUCUUACCUAGAACUGUUAAACUGUACUCUGUAAUUAACUACUCAUUAAUGCUAAAUUUCAACAAUAGAUGAAUAAUUCUUGUAUUUCCUUCAGGGACUGUGUUUUCUUUCUAAUGGUCACAGUUGUCUCACUCUGAAUGCAGGGAAGUUCAUGACAGCAAUACGUAUCUCAAACCCCUGAAAAAAAUUACCUGGGAAAUCCU